AUGUCCACCACCGAGCUUGUCUCAUUGGCUAUUCCUACAUCCUUCUACAAGCCCAGAAAGAAGCUUGCCACAAAGCCCAUCAUUCCUAGAGCUGGAAGUCCAAAACUCAUAGAUAGUCCCUCAGAUACAUUACAAUUGUUCAUUAAGAAGGUGAGGGUGUACCUCCUGAGUACAUGUGUUGAACAGUUGACAAUAUAUCCAGACUUUUCAAGAACUUUUGCACAACAAUUGACUGUUCUUGUUAAAAACUAUCCUCAUACAGUGCCUUGGCUGCAGAAAAACUCCCAUGUCCCAAAAUUUGGUAGCUGGGACAACGAUAAUAUACCUUACACCGCUUACUUUGACAAUGCGCGCAAAGAGAAAUCCAGUGUAAAGAUGAACCCAAAUGAUCCAGAGGAGAAUCCAGAGGCCUUCAUGUACAUGACAGGGGGCUCAGAAAUUAAUGCUGAUUACCAUGCAUUUCACGAUCCUCUCCAUGUCAAUUCCAAUAAGUCAAAUUCAUCUGUAGGAAAACACCACAUUGAGGGACAUACAAGGCAUCAUGCUGACCGGAGGAACACAGUUAAUCAACCAAAAAUUCAGAGCCAAAAGAGCAUCACAUCAGAAUCUGGCAGCGAUAAAAGCAACUCUGAUCAUUCAAUCAUGCAGCCUAAUCACCGACGUGUGGGGUCUGAUCACAAGAAGAAGAGUUUGGCAGAAGGAAGUAAUACCUUCUCUCUGUCAAUACCUGGACACGCAAGAAAAAGAAGUGGAAGUCGUCCCUCUGUUGAAACUCAUCAUAGAGCAGCCUCGGUACCCAAAUUCGGAGCUUGGGAUGAAUUAGACCCUACAUCAGGAGAAGGAUUUACUGCCAUAUUCAACAAAGUAAAAGAGGAAAAACAAAUUGCAUCUUCGCAGUUACCAAAUGUGUCUCCACAACCAAGCUAUUAUCCUAGUGCUCAAAGACAUGGACGAUCUUCCUCCAGAUCAAAGAUUUGUUGCUGUCUUUUUUCAAGCGGAAGCGAGUGAAGUACGUACAUGGCUUUACUUUUACAGUUUUACUUCUCACUCCCUAGUCUAAAAACUUUCAAGUUUGUUUGUUGACUUCGCUAUUUUUCUCGAAGUAUUUGACCACUGGAUG